AUGAAUAAGAGAUUUGUGCUAAAAACAAAUAAAGCAACAAUAUUACUAAUGGCCUGCAUGCUUACCCUCCUGGAGAAGCCAGUGCUGACAGAAGGCCAGCAAGCACACCAUGUCAAAACAGGGACCUGUGAGGUGGUGGCGAUACACCGCUGCUGCAACAAGAACAAAAUAGAGGAGCGCUCCCAGACAGUAAAAUGCUCCUGCUUCCCAGGGCAGGUGGCAGGCACCACGCGAGCUGCCCCCUCCUGCGUGGAUGCCUCCAUUGUGGAGCAGAAGUGGUGGUGCCAGAUGCAGCCCUGUCUGGAUGGGGAGGAAUGCAAAGUCCUCCCGGAUUUCAAAGGCUGGAGCUGUGCCACUGGGAACAAGAUUAAGACCACCAAGAUAUCCUCUGACAAAGAUCAACUCUGGUAACCUUGAUGUCGUGGAAUUCAAUCCAGGCAGCUGAAUAGCUGAAGGCUUCAGCGAUAUGGCCCCGCCUUUCUCUGUCAACCUUACAAACUAACCAAUGAACUGGCUGUUUCUGGAAGGCGGCCUUUAUUGUAAAUAUAAAAGCUUCUUUCGGUGACUCCAAUCCCUUGAAGCACAGAGAAGUUUGGAUGUAGAUGGAAGGAGCCGCCACCAGGAUAGACAUUGGAAAACAAUUGGUGGGAAAAGGUAACGGCCAAGGAGCAAACUGCAACCAUCACCUCAUUGGCCAAUGGGAACUCACCUUCCAGUAACAUUGUACUACUUAUAUCACCAUACUCUCAAUGGUAAAUUGCCCAAAGGGUGUUAUUAAUUAUGAUGGUGAAUCAAAGAAUUAUGUCUUCAUAUGCAUUGUUAGUGAAAAUAAGGGUGUAAUUCAGUCCAACCACAAAGUGAUUUGUCAUUGACCUUAAAUGACAGGCUUAAGCAGCAUUUAUUUUUCCUUACCUACAGGUUUUGGUUUAUAUCAGCCACUGCCAGACUCACAGUGUAACACCUAUGGUAACUCGACCUUGAUUUUUUUCCCAAAUCACUUUGCUGUCAGACUGAAUGUUAUCCUAAGUGCAUUAGUUUUAUUAUGAAACUGUUCAAAUUCAAUGUCAGUGUAAUCAGAUGAUUUUUAA